AUGAGUCUGCUGAGGCCCAGCGGGCUGAAGGCCCCCACCAAGAUCCUCAAGCAUGGGAGCUGGGCCCUGAAGGUGCCCUCGGCCGCGGCUGCUCCCGUUGAGAAGUCCGUGCCUGGGGAGAAAACCCCCAGCGCCCCCUCCUCGGAGACGCAGGAGGAGUUUGUGGACGACUUCCAGGUCGGGGAACGAGUCUGGGUGAAGGGGAACAAGCCUGGAUUCAUCCAGUUCCUCGGGGAGACCCAGUUUGCCCCUGGUCAGUGGGCCGGGAUCGUCUUGGACGAGCCCAUCGGCAAGAACGACGGCUCGGUGGCGGGUGUGCGCUACUUCCAGUGCGAGCCGCUGAAGGGCAUCUUCAUCCGGCCGUCCAAGCUGAGCAGGAGCUGGCAGGCCGACGAUGAGACCAACGGCCUGCAGCCAGCGCCUGCUGCCCAGGCCACACCGCCCCUGUCGGCCGCCCCGGCCCCUGCGGCCGCCCCGAAGGCACCCCAGCCCUCCGCGAAGGAGGCACCGGCCACCCCUCACAUCAGCAACCUGACCAGGACGGCCAGCGAGUCCAUCUCCAACCUCUCGGAGGCUGGCUCCCUCAAGAACGGGGAGCAGGAGCUGAAGCUCGGGGACCGGGUGCUGGUGGGAGGCGUGGAGGCCGGUGUGGUGCGCUUCCUCGGGGAGACGAACUUCGCCAAGGGGGAUUGGUGCGGCGUGGAGCUGGACAAGCCGCUGGGCAAGAACGAUGGCGCCGUGGCCGGAACGAGGUACUUCCAGUGUCAGCCCAAGUACGGCUUGUUUGCUCCCAUUCACAAAGUCACCAAGAUCGGCUUCCCCUCCACGACGCCGGCCAAGGCCAAGGCGGCCCCCGCGAGGCGUGUGAUGGCCACCACCCCCGCCAGCCUGAAGCGCCGCCCGUCGGCCUCCUCGCUCAGCUCCGUGAGCUCCGUGGCCUCAUCCGUGAGCAGCAGGCCCAGCCACACGGGACUAUUGCCAGAAACCUCCUCUCGCUAUGCCUGCAAGAUCUCCAGCACAACCGCCCUCCAGGAGGUGCUGAAGGAGAAGCAGCAGCACAUUGAGCAGCUGCUGGCCGAGCGAGACCUGGAGCGGGUGGAGGUGGCCAAGGCCACGAGCCAUGUGGGGGAGAUAGAGCAGGAGCUGGCCCUGGGGGACGGGCACGACCAGCACGUCCUGGAGCUGGAGGCCAAGAUGGACGAGCUGCGGGCCAUGCUGGAAGCGACCGACUGGGAGAAGGUGGAGCUGCUGAACCAGCUGGAGGAGGAGAAGAGGAAAGUGGAGGACCUCCAGUUCCGAGUCGAAGAGGAGUCCAUCACCAAAGGCGACCUGCAGAAGGAGGUGAAGGCCCUGCAGGCGGCCUCCGAGAAGCUCGCCAAGGAGAACGAGGGGCUGAGAACUAAGCUGGACCAUGCCAACGAGGAAAACACGGACGUGAUCGCCCCGUGGAAGUCCAAGCUGGAGACGGCCAUCGCCCCGCACCAACAGGCCAUGGGCGAGCCGAAGGCGUCCGUGAGCCGGGGCGUGGGCGCCGAGGCGGCCGAGCUGGCCGAGCUCAAGAUGCAGAUGGAGAGGCUGCAGUUCGAGUACCAGCAGGAGGUAGAGAACUCGAAGGCCCAGCAGGUGGCUGAGCGUGCAGCGCACGCCUUUGAGCUGCAGACGCUCAGGUCGCGGCUGGUCAGGACAGCCCAGGAGCAGAAGAACAGCCUGGAGGCCGCGCGGGCCAAGCUCGACCAGACCGAGGACCAGCACCUGGUGGAGAUGGAGGACGCCCUGAACAAGCUGCAGGAGGCGGAGACGAAGGUAACGCACCUGGAGGGGUUGCGGGCCAUGUGUAGGCAGCAAGCCCAGGCCCUGGCCGACGCCACGGCGCAGCUGGAGGCCACCCAGCAGAAGCUCUUGCAGCUCGAUGGGCUCCGAAAGGCCAGUUGAGGUCAAUUGGGAAUGGAGAAGCUCAGGCAGCAGCUCCAGGUGGCUGAGCAGCAGAUUCAGGAGUUAGAGAAUGCAAAGCGGGCCUCAUUAACUUACCUAAUAACAUCAGAGGAAAUUGAGCUGAUGUCGGAGGAUCGCAGGGCCCUGAGGUCAGAGAAUCAAUUGCUGGCGAAGGAGAAGCUCUCUCUGAAGUCAGAGAGAGAGUCAUUGCUAUUGAAGUUGAAGGAAGCGGAGGCCAAAAACUCUUCGCUGCGGGAAGAGCAGAGGAAGCUCUGGCUGUUGAACCAAGCGAUUCUUUUCGAUAAAGAGAAGGUCAUCGAGGCCAGGCGGGCCGCAGAGAAGCUCUGGCAGGAGGAGCGGCUCGGCCAAGAAGCCCUCGAGGCAGAGAAAGAGAAAGUGCUGGAAGAAGCCAGGGCGGUGCAGGAGGAGCUCCAGAGGGUGGGCGCGGAGAACGACGCCCUGCAGGUCGCCAAGGUGGGGCUGCAGGCCCUGGUGGAGGAGCUGCAGAUGAGCAAGAGCAGCCUGGUGGCUGAGUGUAAGAAGGGCCUGGAGGAGAGGGGCCAGCUGGAGGAGCAUGUCAAGAAGCUGGUUCUGGAGAACCUAUCCCUGGCCAAGGACAAGGACAACAUCAUCCAGAAGCUGCAGUGCUCCUAUCAUGAGCUGGCUUGGGAUCAGAAGUCGCUGGCGCAAGAGAUCGAGGAGCUCACGGCCGAGAAAGAGUCGGCCCUCGAGAAGCAGUUGGAGCUCGACAGCCUGUGCGUGGCCCUGAAGCUGGAGCGUGACGGCCUGGCUCAGAGGAACAAGGAGCUGCAGCUCGAGAAGGACCUGCUGCGCCAGGAGCAGGAGAAGCUGGGCGCCAGCCUGGAGGCGGCGCUGCAGGCCAAGGAGCUGCUGGGCACCGAGGCCAGCUGCCUGCGCACGCAGCUGGACGAGGCCACCAAGACCGUGCACAAGGCCGAGCUGGAGGCGCUGCAGCAGGAGCUCCAGGGGCUGGCGGAGGCCAGGGACGCAGCCCGCAGCCUGGAGAAGACACACGCCAGCGUGCUGCAGGCCAAGGAGGCGCUUGACGCCGAGCGGCAGGAGGAGUGCCGGCGGCUGGCGGAGGACAGGCUCGCGGCACAGCAGGCCCUGGCGCAGGAGCGGGAGGCCCGCGCCAAGGAGACCCAGGCGGCCGCCCACGAGGCCAGCCAGCUGCGAGGCCGCCUGGGGCUGCUGGAGCAGGAGGCGGAGGAGCUGCGGGCGCGUGCCCAGGGGCUGCAGGCCGAGCACCUGGACCUGCUGGAGGAGAAGGCGCGGUCAGAAGAGAAGGUGGCCGAGAUCCUGCGGGAGAAGGAGCAGCUGGCCGGCAGUUACUUCCUCCUCCAGAAGGAGGUCAGUCGGCUGGCCCAGACCAGCAGCCACGUCUCGGCCAACCUCCUGGAGGCCCAGAAGGAGAACCGCAUACUGAGGAAGGACAAGAUCAGGCUCACCUUCAAGAUCAGAGAGCUCAAGACGCUGCACUCUUUUACGGCUGUGCAGACAGCGGAAGAUGCCAGGCAUUUUAUGCAGCAACUGUCCCAGGAGAAGACAGAGACCCUGGCCUCCCUGGAGGACACCAGGAACACCAAUGCAAACUUGCAGAAUGAGAUCGAUUUCCUGAAUUCCGUGAUCGUGGACCUCCAAAGAAAGAAUCAGGACCUCAAGAUGAAAGUGGAGAUGAUAUCCGAGGUGGCUCUCGACGGGAACGGGGACGACUCAACAAUUACGACGACAACUUCGGCCCGGCCACCCCAUUCUCUGCACUGUGCAGCAAUCACCAGCACUUGAAGGAUGACAUAACCAGCUAUUUGUGAAACACCGAGAAUAACCAUUUUACUGUCUUUACAAGGUUUACAUUUUUCACUGUGGUUUUAGAUGAAUGUAUGAUGAGAAAUUCAACAUUACUAAUUUUGGAUUUUCUUACCACAAAAAGAUUGAAUGAAGGACCUCAACCAUCAGAAGUUUAUCAUCCAGUUUCAAUCUAUUUUUCUUUAUUUGAAUGUUUUCUAGUUCUGUCAAAAGUGAUAAUGUACCAUCCAGGCUACAUGUAUAAUAAGAACUUCUAUAAUUAUAUGUAUGAUUUUGAUGUAUUUUCCUCUGGAGAUUAUCAGCUGUCUGACAAGUGAAAGAUCUGGAUCCAUUGAAAUUUUUAGUAAUGACCAUUAUUGAAAUUGUUUCACAAACUAUGUAAAGCAGUAUUAAAAUUUGAGCAAACAAGUGUUCU